GUCUCCCCCUAUCUCCCUCUCCCUCUCCCUCUCCCUCUCUCGCUCUGCAAUUUCACCAACGAGUCCGUCAGUAGUAGAACCUCAUUCACAGCUCCAGAAACCCGAAAAGAUGAGCCAAUCCACCAUGUUGGUAGCGGAAGAGACCAUAUUUUCUCCGCCCCCUUUGUAUAACCAGCGAAACCAUCCCCACGACGGCGCCUCUGGGCUCAACCCGUUCCUCACCCAGGAGCACUGGGGCGACCUCCCUCUCCAGCUCAACGACUCCGAUGACAUGCUCAUCUACAACUCCCUCCACGACGCCCUCCACUCCGGCUGGUCCCCUUUCGACUCCGACAUCACCGCCGUCCACCCCCAGCCCCAGCCCCACCCCCUCCUCCCCGCCGCUUCCGUCCCCACCUCCUUCGCCUCCGACGACGCCCUGUCGCUCCACAACGCUUUCGCCUCUUACAACUACCCCAUCGAGGUCGCCGGCGGCGUGGUCAACUCGGAACGGCGCGAGAGCGACUUUGCCAGAGAUUACGGUUUCCACCGGAGCUCGUUUUGCAAGGGACGCCACUUCAGGGGAGUGAGGCAGAGGCCGUGGGGGAAGUACGCCGCCGAGAUACGCGACCCGGCUAAGAACGGCGCCCGAGUCUGGCUCGGCACCUACGAGACGGCUGAGGAAGCUGCUCUCGCUUACGACCGAGCCGCUUACCGGAUGCGGGGCGCCAAGGCCUUGCUCAACUUCCCUCACCGGAUCGGCUCCGGCGAGCCCGCGCCGGUCAGAGUCACCGCGAAGCGCAAGGAUUCCGAGGCUAAAGGCGCCGUCGCUGGCUCAGCCAAGAAGCCGAAAGGAACGGCGACAGCGCCGGCGGUCGAGGCCGAUGGAGGAGCCGGUUUGAGGAGGGAGGGGGAGCGAUUGGAUGCAUUCCAACAAGGGCUGUUGCGACUGAGCGAGGAGCUACUGGUUAGUUAGGUUCGUUGAAAAAACAUGGUCAGCGACCAAGAAGAUGGAAGGUGCAAAAGCAUCGACGGUCUGUUUUGUAAUGCUAACUACCAAUCGCAACGCAGUGUGUUUUGGGAAUGAAUACUAGAACUGAGGACGAGUCUGUCGGUCGUCGAUGAACAUUACAUAACCGAUGCACAAGGGGCUGAGGUCGAUCAAAACCCAUGUUCCUGUUUCUGCAGGAACAGAGGCGAUGGCAUGAACACCUUAAUAGUAAAUCAAAUCAGAUUGACGUCAAUGUGAAGAAUCAACACAGUCAUCAUAUCAUAGCAAUUUUUGAUUCCUUCACUUUCACAAGUUAGACUCCAUUUUCA